CAUUGCAGUUACGAAUCCGAAAACUAUGUUUUAUCUGAUUAAUCUUUUCCCGCACGGAUCGACGUCGGCUUGUGAUGUAUCUGUGAACGGUAUUUGACAAAAAAGUAACCGAUGCAUCUAGGAAAGGAUUUCGUGAUGGUGUUGGAAUGGAGCUGCGUUCCUACCGAGAAACCUCAUGUGAUCAAUCGAUAGCCAAGGCGCAAGAAUAGGCGCUCCAUCCUCCUCUCAGCCUGUAGAAUACACAGGCGCUCCUCAUCCAAGGGUGCGCAGUCGCCAGCGGUUUGGAGGUAGUCUUUUACCAACCUGGAUAAAUUAUUUUGCCGAUUUGUUUGCGACGCAGAGCAUGGGGAUUUCCAAACCACCUGAAAUGUUUCUGUACCGUCACGAUCGGUUGUGGAUAUGCCAGUGCUACUGUUUUCAGAGGAGGUGAUUUUAACAUCUUGAAAACUGCUUUUGGAGAUUGGACGUAUUGUAACACAGCUCUCGCCCGCAUACAUUUGUUACACCUGAAUGCAGUAACUGAAUGACGUCCGUGCUAUGUGCCACUGGAUAUUAAAUGUGAAAUCUGACAGGUAAAGUCUGAGAGGAAAGAAAAACACAAUAUAAAGACACGAGACUCAGCUUUGUCUCUUUCCAGUGAAUAGUGACGCACUCCUCUUUGAUGUCAGACAAGAUUCCCUGGCAGCCAUGACUACCGGGGAGGAGGGUCCCGCCGUGGCCUCGUGCCCAUCAGAGGAGGACCACAGGGCCGUCCCGCCAGAGGCGUGGCCAGCACAGGAAGAGGCGGAGCCUGCAGAGGAAGUGGUCCUCGAGCCGGAACGGCAUGGGAUGGACGAAGACGAGGAGGAGGUGGAGGUGGAAGAAGAGAGGAGGGACGAGGAAGACGAGGAUGACGACGAGGCCAGCAGCGGCAUGAGUGGUUUCGUGGUGCCUUACCCCGAGCUGGCGCCUGUGGUCUUCUUCUGCCUCAAGCAGACCACGUUCCCCCGCAGCUGGUGCAUCCGCAUGGUCUCCAGCCCAUAUCCUUUUCACACUCACAAUGGACACAGUCCAUACGAAACCCACUUCUGA